UCCAAGCAACACCGUGAAUCUGAGAACAUAAUCGGAUUCUCCAAAAACAGGCACUAAAUUUUUUUUUUCCAUUCAAUUCAUCAUCAUUUCUUCUUCUCUAUGCCGUCUUCCUCUGCCAGCAGAGCUUACUGCCGUCGCCGCUCCCUCUCUCCGGUUUAGUUCCGCCUUCGCCGCUAUCAUUCUUCCACUCGAGCCGCCGUCGUUAUCUUUCUUCCGCUCCUGCCACCGCAGCCUCCCUUUUUAGCGGGCAGCAGAGUGCUGCAUUUGUCAGGAUGAAGACAGUCUCAAUAACUUAGAAGCUCCUUGCAUGUAGCUGUAGUCUUAACUCUGAAGUUGUUUGGCUUUGGCUUAGGGAACUGUUGGGCUGCUACAUCAUCUAGCUUUGGUUCUUGGUUUUCAGAUGGAUAACAAGACUCUGUACGAUGCUAGAAUUGCGAGUAGUUGGAGGAGACAUGAGCUGGGAUUUCUGAUUCUCUAUGCGUUAUCUUUUUACUUCUUUAUAAUUCAUCGUUCCCUUCAUCUUUCUCGAGAUCACUAUGUCAAACUCUAUGGCUUGCGUUCUGGUUGGAUCUUUCCUCCUCGUCUCAAUGAUUUGUCAGAUGCCCAGUGGAGAAACUUUCGAGGAAAUCUGCCCAUUCUAACUGUUGUUUUCCUAAUUUACGCUUUGGUGGCAAAUGUUUUGAGAUCCCAGUUUCUUCUAAGGGCUAAAGGAAUGUCAAUUGUCUGGCUUAUAAUUUCAUUCACUUACCUUUUGUAUCUCCAUCAAGCUUGUGUCAUAUUCAUCAUCUCAAUUGCCUCACUCAAUUUUCUUAUCAUUAAGAUCUUUGCUCGAACAAAGUCCUUUUUGUAUCUACUCUGGACUUUCAACUUAUAUUUCCUUCUUUCUAAUCGCGUAUAUGAAGGUUAUUCAUUCUCAGCAAUUGGACUACGGUGGUCAUACUUGGACAACUUUCGAGGAACAUUUAGGUGGCAGAUUUGCUUUAACUUUGUUGUUUUGCGCAUGAUAAGCUUUGGGUAUGAUUACCAUUGGGCAUAUGGCCAUUCUCAUUUUGAUCAGAAGAAGCAUAGUCAACGUUGUGAAGUUUGUAAAUUGGGAGGAACUUGCUACCAACUUUUACAGGAGAAAGGUGUCCAAGAUGACAAAUUUACAUUUACCAUAUACCUCUGCUACUUGGUCUUUGCGCCUCUUUAUCUUGCUGGGCCAAUUGUGAGCUUUAAUGCAUUUGCCUCGCAGCUAGAUGUGCCACAGAAUAAUUACAAACUUAGAGAUUUGGCUUGGUAUGGUUUACGUUGGACAUUCAGCUUUCUCCUAAUGGAACUAAUGACGCAUCUUUUUCAUUACAAUGCCUUAGCUAUCAGUGGUUUGUGGAAACAGCUAUCUCCAUUGGACGUGUUCAUUAUUGGAUAUGGGGUCUUAAAUUUUAUGUGGCUAAAGUUUUUUCUCAUAUGGCGUUACUUCCGCUUAUGGUCCCUGAUAUGUGGCAUUGAUGUCCCAGAAAAUAUGCCAAGGUGCAUCAAUAAUUGCUAUAACUUGGAAGGAUUCUGGAAAAGUUGGCAUGCUUCUUACAACAAAUGGCUUGUCAGGUAUAUGUACAUUCCCCUCGGGGGAUCCAAAAGGAAAGUGUUCAAUGUUUGGAUUGUAUUCACAUUUGUUGCAGUCUGGCAUGAUUUAGAAUGGAAGCUCCUAUGGUGGGCAUGGUUGACAUGUUUAUUCUUUGUUCCUGAAAUGAUCAUGAAGUCAGCAGUGAGUACGUUUAAGGCUGAGAGUGCUAUUACAGAGUUUGUUCUCCGAGAACUUGGUGCAAUUGCUGGUGCCAUCACAAUCACCUGUCUCAUGGUUGCAAACUUAGUUGGAUAUGUUAUUGGACCAUCAGGCAUUAAUUCUUUGGGAUCUAGAUUCCUGAACAAACAAGGAUUUCCUGUUCUGGGUGGCAUGUUUGUAACAUUUUAUGUGGGGACAAAGCUCAUGUUUCACAUUCGCGAUGCUGAACGGAAGAGGUAACAAGUGUUUUGUCAAUGAUAUUGGACAAACACUAUAGCGUGAAGUGCAAGAGUUCAAUUUUGAACCUGACUGUUGAAACAUCAACGAUGGUAUCUGAGCAUAUGAUAAUGAUACAUGAUGCGGUAGAUCAAUUCAUGAGAACCUUUUCUCACAUUAAGUUUUUUUCUGUCACCUUCCGGGCAAGCUGCUUUGAUUUCCCUAUAGCUUGCGUUCAUCGGUGGCUACAAUUUCCUCUAUUUUCCCUCUGAUGAUACAGUGGACCAAUUUGCAACGAUAUUCUUCUCGAGGAAUCCCAAAACUUCAAAAUUUUUUUGAAGGGAAAAUAUAAUUUCAAGAAAUCUAGAGAUGAUAUUUUUGUUCUCUCACUUCUCAUGCCCAAAUAUCCGCAAUUCUUUUGUUAAACUACUGAGUAGAAAUAUUUUCUCUAUUGACCACCUAAUUGCAGCUGCAAGGAGCUACCUCGGUUAAUGUUCGCCCCUUUAUAUAAAAUUUGAAAGGUUAAUACAAAGAAUACUUUUUAUUGGAAACA